AUGCCUAGCUCGUUCAACUCCGCUAAGCGCCUGCGCGUCGCGGCCAUGAAGCUGCUGCUCGGCGACGGCGACGGCAGAGCCGACGAGCUGGAUGGUGUCCUCGCGGACCUGGAAAGCGUCGCCAGCGGUCUCACAGAGUUCAUCGUGCUGCUGCAGAUGUGCCCGCCGGCGCUGCACCGGCCGCUUGCCACGAGCAUCUACGCGGACAGCCAGAUGUUUGUCCGGCACGUCGAGAGACGCCGCGUUUUCGAGUUCUUGCUGCAAGAUGACGAGGGCGAGCCGACGCUGGCAGAGCCAGGUGUCCUCCCUAUAAUCGGCUCCGCCGGCCUGGGGAAGACCACGCUCGUGCAGCACGUCUGCGAGGAGCCCGCGGUGCGCCGCCGCUUCUCGCUGGUCAUGCUGCUAGACUUCCAUUGCAUGAGCCUCAUGGCAGCCGGCGAGACGGCGCUCUUCCCACGCUCUCUGUUCACGCCAAACGCCACCAGCCUCUCCGCCGACGGCGAGCAGACGAGGCUCCUAGAGCGGAAGCUGCGCGGCGAGAGGUUUCUGGCCGUCUUCGACAACGUCAACCGGCGCAAAAGGCAGGUGGUCGACGCGAUCAUGCAAACCCUGCGGCGCGCCGGCAGGCGAGGGAGCAAGGUCGUCGUAACCAGCAGCGACGCCGGGCAUGUUGCGGGCCUUGGCACCGCGGAGCCGAUCGUUCUGCGUCCCCUGCCGCCGGAGGAGUACUGGUUCUUCUUCAGGGCGCACGCGUUCGGCGGCGCCGAGGCAGACCCGCGGCUGGCGGCGGCGGGCCAGGCCAUCGCCAAGAGGCUGGACGGCUCCUUCUUCGGCGGGAAGAUAGUGGGCGCGCUCCUGAGGUCCCGUCCGGACGCGCGGCUAUGGCGUAGCGUCCUGAGCAGCAGCUUCAGCAUCGCCGACGUGUGGUGCCUCGGCAGCGAAGGCUGCGUCGCCGCCGCGGCCGGCAGCCUCCUCCCGCGGCAUGUGACCAUGCGCUGCGUCACCGUCUCCGGCUCGCCGAUGAGAGGGCUCGUCGGAAUCCAAGAAACCUCUUUGGCUGUUCCUGCUCCUCCUUGUCCAGACGACGGCGGCAGCCGCAGCCCGGAGUUGCCUGUGCUGCUGUGCAAGUCUGUGUUCCCUGGCUACUGCCUGUACUACACUGCCCAUUGCACGAUCGACAGAGAGAUCAAUCAGUAA